UAUGUUUGCAGACCUUGUUUGGGAACACGCCCACUUUCCUACACGGCUGAAAUAUAUAAAAUGUGACUUCCUCCUUCAGCUCUGUAGAUCUCUGGUCUUGUUUCCACUGCUGUUUGAACAGAAGAUCACUGAUUUUCAGGAAAUCUGAGCCGUGCGUUCAGUGGUGGCAUUGAAGAUGCCGUUCCUCCUGCCGCUCCUUGCCCUCCUCCUCCUGUCCGCUGCUCCCACAGUAACUGAAGUUGUGACAUCGAUGUCCGCCUGUAACGCAUACUUUCUUAACCAAAAACCACCACAGAUCAGCGGAAUCUUGGAGGGAGGGAUCAUCCUGUACCAGAACAGAUACAAGCCCAUUUGCCAGACCUUGAAUAACAAGAGAACAUUUGUGUCACUCUACGACAACACCAACAAGAUCCCAGUGUUCUCUGCUUACAAGUACCCUGGGAAACAAGAAGUACCGAGACAACAAAAGUGGAAGAUAGAACCACAGCUUGAGGACGAAACCUUGAAUGCAAACAUGGAGCUUGAAGACAAAAGCAAGAGCUACGUUCACCAGGCCGAUACGAGGGAUUACAUUAACACCCUAGGAUUCGAAAAAGGACAUUUAUUACCACAAUCCUAUGGUUGGGACCAAAAUGAAAGAAGAGCUACCUUUACCCUGACCAACAGUGUUCCUCAAGUAAAUUCAUUUAAUACGGGAAGCUGGAGUAACGUGGAGUCCUGCGUUAAAUGUGUCCUUGAUGAAUACUGCAUGGGCAACAAUGACCAAACAGAAGGCUUUGUGGUGAUCGGAGCACGGCCUGGCAACAACUUCCUCAACAACAAGGUUAAUAUUCCCUCCAUGCUCUGGUCAGCUUUCUGCUGCUACAGCAAGAGUCAGGGGACGUGGUUAGCAGGGGCACACUGGGGUGACAACAUUCCAGAUGGAGGUCGAGUGCUUCAGACCAAGACCUUGGCCCAGCUCCAUCAAGAACUGGGAGGAAGCUCUGAAGCAUUCCCUGGAACAAACUGUCCACUCAACACCACUGUCACCCACCUUUACCCUCCUCUCAGUAAGUUCUGUAAGUGCCCACCACCAGUUUAAACUACUUCUGCUCCUACGUUUGAGCAUCUGCAUCUCUGCUUGCCACAUCUGGCAUUUUUGCAACACCUCUUCCAAAAUAGUACCACAGCAACACCUCUUACUACCAAAUCUGGCCCAGUCAGUACAACUCCGCACCCUCCGACAACAACAACUGGCCAUGUUGCUACGACAACCAGUACUCCCUCAACUCCUGCUCCAGCCACUCCGAGCACCAGUAAACCUACAACUACAGAAACACCAGCAACAACUAUUCUACAAACAACCACUCUCCCUCUGACCACAACAUCGUUUUCUAAAACUACAAAACCCUAAACUACCACCAUUCAUCCAACCACCAGAGCGUCUACAACAACCACCAAAACUACUGCUGCCAGAAUGUCCUUGCCUACUACCAAUACCAGCUCAACCAAUACCAGCUCAACCAAUACCACAGUUACAACUAGCAGGAGUUUUGGGCUCAAAUAUAUACAAAAACUAUUCAUUAACCCAAUCAAGCAGUGAAGGAACAACGACCUCUAACUUUCUUAUGUUACUAACAUGCAAGAGAAACGCACCUUUUUCUCCUGUUCCAUUUGAUUACUCGAGUUUAAACAUUGUUUUGAUUUGAUCUGAAGAAUAGUAUGAGAAUGUCCGACUAUACCUUGAAUAACAUUUUGAAACUAACAAUUUAGCAGCACUUAGAUGGCACUUACUUAGAGAACUUUGUAGUUUUGCUUUUUGUGAAGACAUUUUAGUUUUUGUGAUUCUUGUUGUUGUGGGUUUGUAUCCUCAUGGUUGAUGCAUGUAUUGUGAGUCGCUUUGGAUAAAAGCGUCAGCUAAAUGUAAUGAAAUGUAAUGUAAAGAAUCUAUUCUUUACAGCACCCUGUGUUUUUUCCAUGCAGCUCAUAUUACUCUAAACCAAUCUUUAAAUGCGAUAUUAUUCUGCUCUCUCUCAUAUUUUAGUAAUUUGUUGUUUAAAAAUGUACGGCUUCUUCAUGUAACUUUGAUUUUCAUUAAAGACUGUGACUUUAUUAAA